UAUUAUUAAAUAUGAAAAGAGUAAUACUUUUUGUGAAUGGAACCGAUGUAAAUGGCAAGGUAUUUAUGGUAACUCAUUCAUUGGAUGAGUUAUUAACAGCUGCUAGUUCAAAGUUCAAUAUAAAUGCUAAAAGAGUAUUUACACCUCAGGGUGGAGAAAUUGAUGAUAUUAAAUUAAUACGGGAUGAUGAUGUCUUAUAUGUUUCUACUGGAGAGGAUUUUAUUUCAAAAGAAAAAAUUAACAUUAAAAGUCAGUUGAAUCGGAGCUCAGAAUGGAUUACGCUGAACGUUGGUGGAAAAUAUUUUACAACCACCAGGGAUACGUUAACAAAAAAGGAAUCAACAAGUAUGUUAGCCAGAAUGUUUACUGAAGCCACAAAUAAUGAACAAAGGAUUUUACCAAGUAGACAAGAUCAGAAAGGUGCAUUUUUAGUUGAUAGGAGUCCAACAUACUUUGAGCCAUUGUUAAAUUAUUUAAGACAUGGGCAGAUGAUACUUGAUGCCAAUGUUAAUGCAGCAGGUGUACUCGCAGAAGCACGUUUUUAUGGAAUAGAAGGUGCUAUUGAAAUACUGUCUACAAUGGUUGAAGAGGAGCAGCUCCAAAAAUCUGGUGUGGUAUCUUUAACAAGAAAAGAUGUACUUAAAGCGAUCAUGUCAACACCCGUAUCUUCUGAACUUAGAUUUCAAGGUGUUAAUUUUGUUGGUGCUGAUCUAUCAAGGUUAGAUCUUAGAAACAUUAAUUUCAAGUAUGCAGUCAUGCGUGAUUGCUGCUUAGCGGGUGCAAAUUUAUCAGGUUGUUGUUUCGAACGCGCAGAUUUAUCUCAUGCAAAUCUGCGAGGUGCUCAGCUUGUUUGUGUAAAAAUGUUAUGCGCGAAUCUUGCUGCCGCUAAUCUUCAUUCGUGUAAUUUCGAAGAUCCUGGUGGUUUACCUGCUAACAUGGAAGGUGUUAAUUUGAAAGGUGCCAAUCUUGAGGGUAGCAAUAUGGCUGCUGUAAAUCUUAGAGUUGCUACAUUAAAGAAUGCCAUCCUACGAAAUUGUGAUCUUAGAUCAGCUGUACUAGCUGGCGCUGAUUUAGAGUGCUGUGACUUAUCGGGAUCUGAUUUACAAGAAGCCAAUCUACGGGGCGCAAACCUGAAAGAUGCUACAUUUGAACUGAUGUUGACACCAUUACAUAUGUCUCAAACGAUACGAUAACAAUGAAUGCACUACCCCGCAUAUCCUGCGGCGGUUUAGCUUCUGUGAUCUAGAUAUUUAUUUAAUUUGUAGGAAGAUGAGAAUUCAAGUGAUAGUGCUUUCAUUAUGACACUGUUAUUCUUUGAUACUUUUCAGAUGAUCAGAAAGUACAGACUGAGAAUUGUACUGACACAAGUACAUUAGAAAAUGUAAGUAAGUUUUUACUUUGGUGAAUAUUUACGUUGUUUUUUAUUUUCAGGACGGUAUUGUGCCUAAUGAGUAAUUCAAUUACUUUAUCUUAUUUUUUAUACAAUGUAAAUUUAAUUUCUUAUCGAGGAAUGAUUUUUGGAAUCAAAAAGAUUUUAUUUAAUAUUUGUAACUAUA